UUAUUUUUUUUUUCCCACUUUUUACUCUCUCUUGUCUUUAUUGCAGCAUAAAAAAAGAUUCUUGCUGUUUUUCUAUUUUCUAUUUUCUUUUUCUUUUUCUUAUAAAUUUCUGGGGACUAACUUUUUCCAUAUCUCGUAAAGAAGUCCUUUUUCCAUAUCUUGUAAAAAAGUCAAACCGGUAUUAAAUGAUUUGCAAAUUCUUCUUGACUUUAUUUUAUCUCCUACUGAAAAAGACCAGAAAUUAUAGUUACCGGUUUCUGUAUUUAUAUAAUUAAUAUAGUUCACCUCAGAUUUUUUUUAAAAACGGAUGCUUAAAAGCCAUGAAUGCAUUAUUUGGUGUGGAAGGUUAUAAGUCAAAAUUGAUCAUAAAUGCAUUAUUUAUGAAACAACAAGAAAUAAUAGUUGCUAAUAUAUAUAUAUAUAUAUAUAUAUUUGGUUAUACAGUAAGUAAUUUAUAUACUAGUGUGUAAUGUGGAAAUUGUUUCUUGCUUCCCAGUUAGGAGAUGAUGAUAAGAUUGCCAGAUUUGUUUGUUAAAGUCUUCUCACUGAAAUUUUCUAGGAAAGAAAAAAGAAAGUUAUUGAUGUAAAGGUGGGCAAUUAAGAGUUAAUCUUGUUGUUUUGGAGUGGUCCAGGUUACAAUAAAUGUUAGAUAUUUAGUCACAACUAUUUCAGGGAUAGAUUAGCCCAAAAAAAAAAAAAAAAAAAAAAAAGAAAAAAAAAAAAGGAAGAAGAAGAAGAAGAAGAAGAAAAUGUUUUUGGGAGUAAAUUGCAGUUUUGUGAGUACUGAAAAUAACAUUGUUUUUUAAUUAAUUAAUUAAUUUUUAGACAACAUACUUAUAAAGUCACUAUAUAUGCAUGCACAAUAAAUCAAUAGAUAUUUAUUGCCAAAUGCAUGGCAAUAAAUCUUAGAUAUUUAUUGCUAGAUUUGUUGCAAGAAUUGAAGAUCUUUCUUGGUCUCCAUUUCUUAAUCACCAACCCCUCCAAUUAAUAUCCAAGAAACAAAGAGAAAGAAAGUUUGGGUUUUCCCUUUUUAGUAGGAAACCAAAAUCCUUCUGUCUGUCAUGCCACAUUACUUCCACCAGAAAGAAAGGGGGUUCCCUAAACAAACAGAUCACUAAAAAAGCUCAUCCAAACAUAAAAUAAGAAGAAAACUUACAUUAGCCACGAAUCACGAGAAAGUCACAAACUGAAUUUUCAGGUUGUUCGGUUUCUUGUAUACACAUGGCACAGAACAGAAACAUCCUGAGCCCAAUGUCAUGAAAGCUUCCUCUUUUCCUAUAAAUCGAAGGGCUUGAAGGGUUCUAUAAUGGAAACUCUCAGGAAGAAGGGGCCCUUUGAGGCAUAAAAGAAAUCAUUUAGGAGAGCAUCUUGCAGCAUUAUGAAGUAAAAAUUGACAAAGAUCCUUUGGGAUAUAUACAAAUUACCAACAGGAAAAGAUGAAGUUUAUGAAACUUGGGACAAGACCAGACACCUUCUAUACAGAAGAAGCUACCAGGACUGUGAUCUCAGAUGUACCUUAUGAUCUUUCUAUACAGAUAAACAAUAUCAAUUUUCUUCUUCAUAAGCUGCAGUUUGCACUUCUUCCAAAAAGUGGCCUUUUGCAACGGCUUUGCUCUAAUGAUUCUGGUGGUGAUCAAACCGACCAUUCCAGAAUAGAGCUUCAUGAUAUUCCAGGAGGCGAAGAAGCUUUUGAACUAUGUGCUAAGUUCUGCUAUGGAAUUACUAUCAAUCUCAGUGCCCACAAUUUUGUACCUGCAUUUUGUGCUGCUAAGUUCCUUAGAAUGACCGAGUCUGUGGAGAAGGGAAACUUUGUUACCAAACUUGAGGCAUUCUUCAAUUCAUGCAUUCUUGAAGGUUGGAAGGACUCCGUUGUUUCACUGCAGACCACAGUUAAGUUAUCUGAGUGGUGUGAAAACCUUGGAAUCAUCAGGAAGUGCAUAGAUUCAAUUGUUGAGAAAAUCCUUGUACCCCCAGCAAAGGUCACUUGGUCAUACACAUAUACUAGACCAGGUUAUACCAAAAAACACCAACAUUCUGUCCCAAAAGAUUGGUGGACAGAGGAUAUAUCAGAUCUUGAUAUAGACCUUUUUCGAUGUAUAAUUCUUGCCAUUAGAUCAACAUAUAUAUUGCCACCACAGCUUAUUGGUGAAGCUUUACAUGUCUAUGCAUGUCGACAUCUACCUGACACCACAAAGGCUAGAACUCAAGAGAGUUCAGUCUCUCACACUGAAGAACUUGUGGAAAGGAAUAGAAGAAUCCUCGAAACCAUUGUGAGUUUGAUUCCUGGAGAUAAGGGAUCAGUAUCUGUUGGCUUUUUGCUUAGGCUUUUUAGCACCGGAAACUUUCUAGGAGUAUCUCCAGUGACAAAAGCUGAAUUGUUAAGGAGGUCCAGUAUGCAACUUGAGGAGGCAACAGUGAAUGAUCUCCUUUUUCCUUCAUAUUCAUCCUCUGACCAGCAUUUCUAUGAUAUUGACUUGGUUCUUGCAGUGUUGGAAAGCUACUUGUUGAUAUGGAGAAGACAAUCCCCAGUAGUCACAGAUAACAGCCAAUUUUUCAGAUCAAUAAGAAAGAUUGGGAAGCUUAUUGAUUCUUAUCUUCAAGUUGUUGCUAAGGAUGCAAAUAUGCCAGUGUUAAAAUUUGUAUCUUUGGCUGAAACUUUGCCUGAUAUUGCCAGGGAAGACCAUGAUGACCUCUACAAGGCAAUUAACAUUUACCUGAAGGAGCAUCCUGAUAUGAACAAGGCGGAAAAGAAACGCCUUUGCCGGAUGUUAGACUGCCAAAAGUUGUCACCGGAGGUACGUGCUCAUGCUGUGAAGAACGAGAGGCUGCCAUUGAGAACUGUGGUGCAAGUUCUCUUCUUUGAACAAGAAAGAGGUUCUAGUAAGGCAAUCAACAACAAAGUGCUAUCCCAGGAGCUAAAUUCCAGAGGAAGACAGACACCAAGUGAUCUCGGGAAGCUAAAACUGGGUCCGGAUGAGAAGUUCAGUAGAGGGGAAGGAACAAGAAAAACCGGUUCUUAUGAUAAGAGAUCAGAUAGUGGGACGAUGGCUGCUGAGAAAUCGGAAAGCAAGGCGGUAAGAGGAGAAAUUGAGGAGGUGGCAGAAGCAGAUCAUGAAAAACGAAGGGAGGUCAGAGAAGGAGGAAGGUCCGGGAGCAAAUUGGAAGCAAAGAAGAUCAUGCAAAAGGGAAAUGGAUCAGACUAUGUCCGUGACAAAGGAAGAGACAGAUAGUAAAUAUUCAUGAACACCCUCUUUCUCUUUUGACGUCAUUGUAAUUCUCAAAGCCUUCUUUUUUUUUUCUUUUUUUUUUUUUAAAUCUCUUAGUAAAUGUUUGUAGUCAUAAACCAAAUUUAUGAUAUAAGGACCCUUCUACACAAUGAGGGGAUUCAAGUAGUUUUUUUCCCUCUUAA